GGAAGUUUCAUAGACCAUUUUUCGUCAGAAGUUUUCUCCUUGUCUUAAAGUUUCACAUCACACCACAAAAACAUCCUCAUUCAUAUUCUGCAUUCUCAAACUCUUCUCAUCUUAUUUCUCUCAAUUCUCAUGGCCAUGCAAUUACCUUUCUAUUCCUCUUCAUUUUCCUAUGCAUUCAGUUACGAUGUGUUCCUCAUUUGUAAGGGCACCGACACUCGGUACGGUUUCACCGGCAAUCUCUUGAAGGCUCUUAUUGACAAGGGAAUUCGUACCUUCCAUGAUGACGAUGACAGUGAUCUUCAAAGAAGAGACAAAGUCACACCAAUCAUUAUUGAAGAAUCCAGGAUUUUGAUUCCCAUAUUUUCUGCCAACUAUGCAUCUUCUUCAUCUUGUUUGGACACACUUGUCCACAUCAUUCACUGCUACAAAACCAAGGGUUGCCUCGUUUUGCCUGUUUUCUUUGGUGUGGAACCUACUGAUGUGCGACAUCAUACAGGUAGGUAUGGUAAAGCAUUGGCUGAGCAUGAAAAUAGGUUUCAAAAUGAUACGAAAAACAUGGAGAGGUUGCAGCAAUGGAAAGUGGCUCUGAGUCUGGCUGCUAACUUGCCCAGCUACCAUGAUGAUAGUCAUGGAUAUGAAUACGAGCUUAUUGGAAAGAUAGUCAAAUACAUCUCCAACAAGAUCAGUCGACAGUCCUUACAUGUUGCCACUUACCCUGUUGGAUUGCAGUCUCGAGUACAACAAGUGAAAUCGCUUCUUGAUGAGGGACCUGAUGAUGGGGUCCAUAUGGUUGGAAUUUAUGGGAUUGGAGGCUCAGGUAAAUCAACACUUGCAAGAGCAAUCUAUAAUUUUGUUGCUGAUCAAUUUGAAGGUUUAUGUUUUCUUGAACAAGUCAGAGAGAAUUCAGCUUCAAAUAGCUUGAAACGUUUCCAGGAGAUGCUCCUUUCAAAGACACUUCAACUGAAAAUUAAGUUAGCAGAUGUCAGUGAGGGAAUCUCAAUCAUAAAGGAAAGGUUGUGUAGAAAGAAGAUUCUUUUGAUUCUCGAUGACGUUGACAAUAUGAAGCAACUGAAUGCUUUGGCUGGAGGAGUUGAUUGGUUCGGUCCUGGAAGCCGAGUCAUCAUCACCACCCGAGAUAAACACUUACUAGCCUGUCAUGAGAUAGAAAAAACAUAUGCAGUAAAAGGGUUGAAUGUGACAGAAGCUCUUGAAUUGUUGAGGUGGAUGGCUUUUAAAAAUGACAAAGUUCCUUCAAGUUAUGAAAAGAUUUUGAAUCGUGUAGUUGCUUAUGCUUCUGGCCUUCCGGUAGUUAUAGAAAUAGUGGGUUCUAACUUGUUUGGAAAGAACAUAGAAGAAUGCAAGAAUACAUUAGAUUGGUAUGAAAAGAUUCCCAAUAAAGAGAUCCAAAGAAUACUUAAAGUGAGCUAUGAUUCUUUGGAGGAAGAGGAGCAAAGUGUCUUUCUAGACAUUGCUUGUUGCUUCAAAGGUUGUAAAUGGGAAAAGGUCAAAGAAAUACUUCAUGCUCAUUAUGGUCAUUGCAUAAAUCAUCAUGUUGAAGUGCUAGUUGAAAAAUGUCUCAUUGACCAUUUUGAAUACGAUAGUCAUGUGUCAUUACAUAACUUGAUAGAGAACAUGGGUAAAGAACUCGUCCGACUAGAAUCACCUUUUGAGCCUGGAAAAAGAAGCAGGUUAUGGUUUGAAAAGGAUAUAUUUGAAGUUCUAGAAGAAAACACUGGAACCAGUAAAAUUGAAAUGAUAUAUAUGAAUUUGCACUCUAUGGAAUCCGUAAUAGACAAGAAUGGAAAGGCCUUCAAGAAGAUGACACACCUCAAAACGUUUAUUACUGAAAAUGGCUAUCAUAUUCAAAGUCUCAAGUAUCUUCCAAGAAGUUUGAGGGUAAUGAAAGGAUGUAUUCUGAGGUCUCCAUCAUCUAGUAGUUUGAAUAAGAAGCUUGAGAAUAUGAAAGUGUUGAUAUUCGACAAUUGUCAAGAUUUAAUCUAUACACCCGAUGUCUCAUGGCUUCCAAAUUUAGAAAAGUUCUCGUUUGCAAGAUGUCAUAAUUUAGUUACAAUUCACAAUUCACUUAGAUACCUAAAUAGAUUAGAAAUCUUAAAUGCAGAGGGUUGCGAGAAGCUCGAGAGUUUUCCACCCUUACAGUCUCCCUCUCUUCAGAAUUUGGAACUCUCUAAUUGUAAGAGUCUCAAGAGUUUUCCAGAAUUAUUAUGCAAGAUGACAAAUAUAAAAUCUAUCUUGUUGAAGGAAACUUCCAUAGGAGAAUUUCCAUUUUCCUUUCAAAAUCUUAGUGAACUUCGUCACUUAACAAUAUCAGGUGACAAUUUAAAAAUUAACCUUCUUAGGAUCCUUAGAUUGGAUGAAUGCAAGUGUUUUGAGGAAGAUCGAGGGAUUCCAUCGAAUCUAGAAAAGUUUUCUGGAUUUCAAUGCAAAUCAAGGCACAGAAGCAAGGGACACACCAUUUCUUUCUGGUUUCGUAAAAAGAUCCCUUUUAGAACAAUUAUUAUUAUUCUUCUUUGUUUGUCAAUGGCUAUAAAUAUACUCUUUUUGACAAAGCACUUUGUAGUGUGGGAAACUUGUGCCUAAACUCAAGGAAGCACUUCUACUAUUAUUCAUCAAAUGUAAAAAUGGGAAUCAUGUACAAGGAGAAAAACAACAUGGAGGAGAAUGCCAUAUUCACCAAUUCUUAUGGAAAGAUAAAAUUAGAUGAAUGUCGCAAUGCUUUGCAAUCACAAUUCGACGCUUUAGUGUCAGGCAUGCCAAACUUCGUGCUUACUGAAACAAAAGAAAAGGAACACCGUUGAUAGAUAGAUUCCAUGGUCAAGGCGACCUGCAGAAAUAAGAAUCCACAGCUAUCAACUUGAAUAUUUGCAUGGCCAUUACAUAAGGAUGCUUCAGAGGGUGUAUGAAGACCGUUAUGAAAAAAAUUAGCUGACUAUCUCAAUGCAUCAUUAUCAGAAAAGAAAAGGAAACAAAACAAAUUUUCAAUCCUUAUGGAUUUUCAGAGAAAGAUGUGGGUGCAACAAAAGGAAUUGAUGAAAGAAGAGAAUACAAAGAUGUUGGGUACAUUCCUUGGUCUAGGUUCAUCAUAAAGUUAACCGCUUUGUUGUUAUUCUCUCAAUCUCAACAUUCCUUGAUUAAUGUUUGUUCACUCUAAAAUAUUGCUUCAACUUACUGUGGAGGAUGCUUUGUAGCACAUACACUUCUCACGAAGACGUGUACAUGUCCGACACAUGUCUUGGAAAGUUGAAUCCAGAGCUAUCAGAGGCAUCUGAAACAAUCAGGUCUGAUGAAUGUUUCGGAUCGGGGUCGGGAAUCCAUCUCUCAGGGCCUCCACCUAUAUCCCUUCAGUCCAGAACUUUUAAAAGCUGUGGUGGAAGUUGGACAUAUCCACAAAAACAUCUAAUAAAUUGCACCACAUCCAAUAAAUUGCGGCGGAUCCUCUGUGAAUGUUGUUACAAGAAACCAUCUGUAGUCAUCUGGCUAUUUGCAUUGUCAUGCGACAUGUCUAGAGAUUGCUCGCAGCAUAGAAUCCGUUGGUUUUGAGAAUUUCAAUCUUAGUACACAAACUUGAAUCCGUAUAGAAAGAUUAAAGCAGAUGAAGAUCAGAACUCAGAAGUUUUUUGAGACAGAACUUGAGUAGCAGAAACAACACUGUAUGGCUCUUGUAAUUAAUAAGGUAUUCUUGUGUAAAAGCAGUUUUCUGCCAAAUCAUUUUUCUGCAACAGAACUUGUGUCGCAGCAACAACAAAUGUAUGUAUGAUUCUGACAGAUGGUUCAUCUCAAAUCUCUAUUCAAUGAUGUGAACUAACAUUUCUUAAAUAAAAGUGUUUGAUUUUUAAUUA